UGCAAUGGACCGGCAACGCUGCGCGGUAUAACAACACUAUGCCUGUGAGAGGCAGCAGCUCAGACUCCUUCAGCAAAGCCACUGAGAUGCUGCCGCCGCUGCGCCGCCUCCUCCUCCAGCCAGCGCUGCCCUGAGACCGCGGGAGACUCUGGACCGUGCCGCCGGGAGCCUGCAAUUCCUGUGUGUGUCUCCCCAGCCGCGAGGGGAGGGGGACCGAGCUCUGCCAGGCGGAGGAGUUGGGCGGCCGGGUUAACUGCCGAGAUUAGCCGGAGGUGGUGUACAUGCCAGUGGGGCUCUGCUGCCUCCGGGCCCCUCAGCACAGGACCGUCGCUCCGCCCGCCCUGGGUCUGCCUGAGCUGCCGGCGCAGGGGUGCAUGGACGCGGCUGCGGCGGAGGCUGCCCCAUGGAGUGUUACUACAUUGUCAUCAGCUCCACGCACCUCAGCAAUGGGCACUUUCGCAACAUCAAGGGAGUUUUCCGAGGGCCCCUCAGCAAGAACGGGAACAAAACUCUGGAUUAUGCUGAAAAGGAGAACACAAUAGCAAAAGCCCUGGAAGACCUUAAGGCCAACUUCUACUGUGAACUCUGUGACAAACAGUACUACAAACACCAGGAGUUUGACAAUCACAUUAACUCAUAUGACCAUGCUCACAAACAGAGACUCAAGGAACUGAAACAGAGGGAGUUUGCUCGAAAUGUAGCUUCCAAGUCAAGAAAAGAUGAAAGGAAACAGGAAAAGGCCCUCCAACGUUUGCACAAGUUAGCUGAACUGAGGAAAGAAGCAGCAUGUGCUCCUGGGAGCGGUCCCAUGUUCAAGUCCACUACAGUUACUGUGAGAGAUAAUUUCCAUGAAAUUCCACAAAGUACUAUCAUAGACUCUUCUAACAAACAACAAAAUUUCAAUUGUACUUUAAUGCACAAUGCACAGAAUGCGAAAGACGUUAUUUCUAGUGCUUUUUCUGCUUCUGAAAGUGCAAGUAAUAACAAAUCUGACACUCACAAACUUGGGGAUCAAGUACAAGGAGCCCAUGGACAUAAAAUAGGAUUCUCUUUUGCUUUUCCUAAGAAAGCAUCUGUGAAGUUGGAGUCCUCAGCUGCUGUUUUCUAUGAAUAUAAUGAUGAAACAUCUAGUGAACAUGGAUUUAGCAGAAGAAGUAGAUUUGUUCCAGGAGCCUGUAAUCUUCAGUUUCCACCAGCAACAGAAAUAAUUUUGUGCUCUGAGGAGAAACAAAACUAUAUUCACCCACUGAUGGAAAAAGGUACUGACAUAGCAGAAGCUUCUGAAGUUCAGGAGUCAAAAGAACUAUCCAGUAAAGAGAAUAAUAUAAUACUAGAUAAUACAGUAUUAGUUCCUGCUGAUUCUCAUUUGAAACAACCUGUGUCUUGUGAUUUGGAUGACUAUUGUGUUGAUGUCAAUUCAACCGCAUUACGAGAUCAAUCACUGUCCACAGUUGCCGUUAGUAAUCAGGCUCUACCCGUAGAAAAUCACAGUUCUGAGAGGUUGGGAAAGAAAUCCCCAGCUGUUGAUACCACUGAUGAUUGCUUACCUUUGCAAGAUAUCACAGAAGAAAAUUAUAAAUACAUUAAUAGUGAAUCAUCCACAACUGAAGCAGAAAUUAAAAAACUUGGGUCUGAUGUACAUAUGUCAUCAAAUUCUGAAGGGGAGAGUACAGCCUUACAAAACAAACAAGAAACACAUAAAAGACCUUGUGAACCAUUUGUUCCUGUUCUGAGCAAACAUGGACUGUCUGUUCUUCAGUGGCCCUCUGAAAUGUUAAUUUACACAAAUGCAGAACCAUCCAUUUCAUAUAGCUGUAAUCCUUUAUGUUUUGACUUCAAGUCAUCAAGAGCAAGUGACUGCAUGGAGAAAACUAAACAUCAGUCAAAUGUACCUCAUUCUCAUCACAAAACUGAGUCCAAACAGAGUCUUGUUUUAGAUGACACAGGUAAAUCUAUUUCAGAAUGUGCUGAUUACAAAACAGAAAUUAAUAAAAAUGUGUGUGAGCAAGCAACAUCACUUAUAACAGAUGUUUCGUUAGAUACAAGCUGUGAACCUGCAACAAAUCAAGAUAAAAUGUGCUCUUUCAGGACUGGAAAAACAGAAAAAUACCACAUUUCCAAAAGCCAUUUACGACAGGACACCAUGAUAGAUGAUAAACACAACAAAGUCUGGAACAAAGAAACUCACAAAAGAUGGUUUCACAAAAACAGGAAAAGGAAAAGAAGGAGAAAAUUAUGUCAUCACCAUCAUGAGGAAACAGCAAAGGCAGAUGCUGAAGUUUCUUCAACAGCUGAACAGGAAAUUAAUUAUGUCAAUGAAGAUAAACAUCAGCACCCUCAGAAUGCUUCAGGGAAGUGCAGAGAUGAAAUUGAAAGCAUAUGGUUAGCUACAGAGCCGUUACAACAGUCAUGUCAAAAACUUGUCAUUGAAAACAGAGAUCACAAAAGAACCCUGUCCACAUCCACACACAUAAAUGGUGACAAAGGCCCAUGUGGGACUUGGAACACAAAAAACAGUGAUGACCACUUCACUGACUCUGAACCUCUACACAGAAAGUACAAAGCAAACUCUCAUAGGCAAUCAAAAGAACUGACUUUUAAUUCUGGAAGACAUAACUUAACAUAUUCUAGAACAUUAUGUAGCUGUAAGGUCAGAAGAGCUAGCUGUAGUACAGAUCAUAAAUGUUUGGAAAAAUGUACAAGUCAAAGUCAGUCCAUCAAGAGAGCCUACAACUUUCUGACUGAUGAACCUGAAAGAUCCCAUCGAAAACGAAGACAACAUACAUAUUCUUGUUCAUCAGAUGAAAGUUCAUGUAGACAGGAAUUUUUAUCAGAAGAGUAUCUCAGGCAAACAAGUAAUUUAGCUGCACAUUGUAAGCCUAAAAGGAAAAGAAGGAGAAAAAGAUCUAGAACCCAUCACAUAUUUGUCAACAAAGAACCAAGAACAAAUGAAAACCAUAGACCUUCCAGAGGCAAUUCUACAUUAAAUAUUUUGGGGGAAUUGUUAACUCAAGAAAAUAUACAACAAACAAAAACUCAACCCAUAAAAGAUUAUACAGAAAAUGAGGUGCAAACAACGCAGCUGGUAGAAAACAAGUUGACUCUACAAUCUGAUUGUUUACUUUUAUCAGAAAGUAACAAGUCAACAGAGGGUUCAGCAACGGAGAGCUCUCCAAGUACAUUUUUGGAGGACUUAACGCAUUCCUCUGCUUCUGUAAUUGAACAUAGUAUUCUGACAACUGCAACACCAGAGAACAAGCUAGAAAAAGAAAAGAAACAUGAAAAUAUAAGGGCUCCUGAAAGUCACGCUCCUUAUAAAGUGCCCAGUAUUGACAGAAAUGUGGAACAAACUCCUCGUAAAUCAUAUCUAUGCCAAUAUGAAGUAGCAGAGACCAUACCACAAGAAAAAAUAAAUGAGGCAACCAGUGAAUGGCUGCGGUAUAAUUCAGGCACAUUUAACAGCCCUCCACCUUUGUCAUUCAAAGAAGCACAUAUAAAUAGUCAUACCCUUUUAACCACUGAACAGAUACUUGCCCCAUUUACUUUGCCUGAUCAGACAUUGAUAUUUCCCCCAGAAAACCAUGGAAAAUUCAAAGACUUGCAAUGUGAGGCCUAUCAGCAGCUCAUGCAGCAAAACAUGCUGGCUAACAAGGUGAAGUUUGCCUUUCCUCCCACUGUAAUUCAACCUUCUAAUUCACCUCUGCAGCCUUUGCCCUUGCAGCAGCCAUUAUGUUCUACCUCUGUAACCACAAUCCAUCACACUGUUUUACAGCAGCAUGCUGCCGCUGCAGGUACAUUUAAGGUUCUCCAGCCUCACCAACAGUUUCUUUCACAGGUCCCAUCCCUUUCAAGAACACCUUUACCUCAUCUCGCAGUAGGACCUAGACUUUGUCCAGGAACCCACACAACUUUUGUUGCUCCACCACAGUUGCCACUAAUUCCAACUUCUGUCCUUCAUCCGAGUCACCUGGCUUUCCCCCCAUUACCUCAUGCAUUGUUUCCUUCACUGCUUUCACCGCAUCCAGCUGUCAUUCCAUUGCAGCCUCUCUUUUAGGUAAGUUUUCAACAAUCAAAAUGGAAAGAGUUGUCUCCAAAUGAACAUACUGCUACAUGUAAGCACUCAUCAGUAUUGGCAAAUGGUUCUUUAAGUGACUGGGAUAAACUGGUUAAAAUGCCUCAUUAAUUUGGAAUCAUUUACUAUAAGUGUAACAAUGCAAAUAUGUAUGUAAAGUUCAGCUCCAUAAUAUAACUAAAGCACUGAAUAGUCUGAUACUAAUAUGAACUAUAUAUAUAU